CAAAAUAUGAGAUAUAUUAAUAUACUUCUUCUCAAUUGUAUUUCAGUUCAGCAAUUACUCUGAUAAAAUACGUAUUCUGGGAUGUAUGAAUGGCUUUAGAUACAUCUUAGGUCCAUCAAUUACCAUAGCAUAUAUUCGACACAAAAAACAGUGUUGUUGACAAAGGACAGCUGGACAUAGAAAGGGCCCCAAUACCUUCAGGAGCUGAUGGCCUCAUCCAGCCUCAAUCCGGCCCUGGUAAGAAGAGCCCUCUGGAUCAAGGCAAAGGGGGCCCAUCGGGUACAGCACCCUGUUCUCACAGGGGCCAAGCAGAGAUGCAGUCAUGGGGAAAUCCGGAGGCAGGAUUCGAGCACAAGAGCAACCCCCUUCCCUCCUGGGGUUUCCAGAAGAAUUCUGGAAUUCCCUUUUCUCCUCCAGAAAUUUGUCCCGUCCUCUUUCCAAGCCACCCUCCUGCAGGAGGGAGUUCCAUAGUUUGACUAGGCGCUGUGCAAAGCCAUAUCCCUCCUCCCUGUGCACACUCAUGAGAUUUGCCUUUUUUCUUUUGCUUAGGAAAUGCAAGAGGAGCAGGACAGGCCAAGGCCGGGAGGAUAGAUAACCACCACGGAUCUGCCAGAGGCAGCAGAGUCCCCGGGUCCUGCUCCCUGGUUCCCCCACAGAGCGCCCUUCCUGUUUGCCCUCCAUCUGGGCAGCCGAAAUGAAGGGCCUGCAGGUGGCAUUCUGGAGAGCCCCCCCCUCGCCCUGCCUGUGGCGCUCCAAUCCCCCUUUGGCCCUGGCUGCCAUAGUCAGAGGCAGGGUGGCGCUUGGCCUCGGCCCCUGCAGGUCUCCUCCCCUCCGUCUCCCUCUCGCAGCUGCCCUUUGGCCCGACAGGCGAGAGCAAAGGCCAGCACUCCUGCCUGCCCAGCUGCGUCUCCUUGCCUCAAGCGGCAGGAUGUGACCAGAGGCUGCCAGGACUGCCAUGUACGGCUCCCCAUGGCCCCAAGGCGCCCCUGGGGCUCAAAGGGUCUGGCCUGCCUGUGUCUCCUCCUCUCCUCCAUCCCAGUCUGGUGCCUCCUGCUCCUGGCAGAUGGUGCCCAGACGCUGCGGUGGGCCUCCAGCCCUUUCUCUGCUGCCUGGCAGGAGCCCCCCCAGAGGACCCACUCGGGAGCCGGAAAUGCAGCCUGCCAGGGAGUGGACUUUGGGCCUCUGUUUUCAGAAGCUGCCUUGGAGCCACACUGUGAGCCUGGCCAGGUGCUCUUAAUCCUUGUGACGUCUGCCCCAGGAAACGCGGAAUCCCGGCAGGUGAUCCGGAGGACCUGGGCUGCCCGAGAGAAGCCCCAGCCUUACCCGUGGCAGGUUGUGUUCUUGAUAGGCCGCAGCGCAGGUGAGGGGGCCUCCCGGCAGAUCCAGCGAGAGCAGGAGGACUUUGGGGAUAUCCUGCUUGGGAGUUACCUGGACACCUACCGCAACCUCACCUUGAAGGUCCUGCAUGGCGUCCGGUGGGCCCUCGGCCGCUGCCAGCCCAGCUACCUCCUCAAGACGGACGACGACUGCUUUGUCAACACCGAGCGGCUGCCGGAGUUCCUGGCCAGGCAAAACCCCCUCCGGACCGGCCUCUAUGCAGGCUCCGUCUUUGCCCGGGAGAAGCGGAAAGUCAUCCGGCAUCCCUCCAGCAAGUGGUAUGUGCCAAGGGAAGCCUAUCCCCCGGAAGAAUACCCGCCCUAUGCCAGCGGCAUUGGCUACGUCUUGUCCCGGGACGCAGCCGCAAGGGUCCUGCGGGCGGCAGAGUGUGUCCCCCCCAUCCCAGUGGAAGACGCCUAUGUGGGCAUCUUGGCUCAGCAGGCUGGGCUGCAGCCGAAGUCCAGCGCCCGCUUUGCCAAGCAGAACGCCAGGUGGCGAGUGUGCAACUUCCGCUAUCUGAUGGUGAUCCACAGCCUGAGUGUGCCGGAGCAGGAGCUGGCCACACGGAGAAUGCGGGAAGCCCGGCACGCCUGCAGAGACAGGCCGGAGGUCACCAGGUGGUGAGAGGGAGAAGGGAGUGUGGGGUGGAGCCUUGCCCUCCUCCUGCUCCGAGUGCGGAUCUCAGCAAGAGCCUCGCACUGUCCUCCUCAGGCUCUUCCCCCAACACUGACUUCCUGCUAGAGAAAGCAAGUCCUGCUGGCAUUUUUGGCGGAAACAAACAAUAUUCUGUAGGUCCAGCAGAGCCUGGAUGUGCCAAGAGCCUCUUGGCAAAAAAGGGAGCCCCAGGAGGAAACAAGGCUCCACCUUCAAGAGCGCCAGGCGCCCUUGGCCCAUCUGACCCAACACGGCCCACUCUGACUGGCAGCAGCUCUCCAACAUCCCAGGCAGAGGGAGGGCGUCGUCACUGGACUUGAACCUGGAGCGUCCCAUACCUGGAGGAUGUGAUCCAGCACUGGGGGUUUUGUGCCUGUUCCAGCAGCCGGGAUGAGGACUGCGAAGCCUGCAGGAAACUCUGCACCAACCGGGCAAAACGCCCUCCCCUCACAUGGAUGGUGGCACUUCAGGGAGUGGGGGGGGGGGCUGUUUUGCCAGGAGCCACCCAGGGCCCCCUCCCAGACCUAUUUCAGGACAGCCUAACUCCAUAGAAUCAUAGAGUUGGAAGAGACCACAAGGGCCUGACUAGAGCAGAAUACAGUGGUACUAUUACUUCCCUAGAUCUAGAUGCUAUACUCCUAUUGAUGCAGCCCAGAAUUGCAUUGGCUUUUUUAGCUGCUGCAUCACACUGUUGACUCAUGACAAGUUUGUGGUCUACCAAGACUCCUAGAUCCUUUUCACAUGUACUGCUCUCAAGCCAGGUGUCUCCCAUCCUGUAUUUGUGCCUUUCAUUUUUUCUGCCCAAGUGUAGUAUUUUACAUUUCUCCUUGUUAAAAUUCAUCUCCAGGCAUGUGAGAGUGGGGCUGCGAGGCACUGAAUAGCUGCGAUUCCUGCAUUUUAGCUGCAAUUCUUGCAUUGCAGAGGUUGAACUAAAUGAGGCUUUGAGUCCUUUCCCAAACUACAAUUUUGAGUUUCUACGAACAGGCAUUAACAAGACAUCCUAACCCUAACCCUAAUCAACAACUCAUCCUAAUAUUACUCAUUGGGAUUACUAAUUUCAACUAGAAACUCAUCUCAGCUCCUUUUAUAGCUCAGCUGUGGUUUCUAAUCUGUAAAGUGGUGCUUUUUGGGUGGAAGGGGAGGAGGAACCCCCCCCCCAAUCCUGGAACAGUAAGCUCAGCUUGUUGGUGCUGCAAGCUGGAAAUGAAUGGGGCAAGAUAUUCCCCUCCCCACGCUGGGGGACUGGAGGGCAAGCGCACACAGCCCUUGGCCCUUCACUGCCAUCAAAAAGACUCAGAGUCAUGAGUUCUGGUGGACAGAGGGGGUUGCUUCCUCCUUUGGGGGAAGCUAUCUGCCUUUUAUCUCCUUCAAGGCGGAUAAUCUUGCAGCAAUCAGCUUCUGUUCAGAAGCGGACCUGCUUCUCAUGAGGAAGAAGCCUACUUCAUAAAACUGAAGUAAAAGCAACCAACCAGCCAAUCAAUGAAUCAAUCAAUCAAUCCCUGCACACUGAAAGCUAGGGUGUCAGGGAGAAGAGUAGACUAGCAUGUCCCUCCCAAACAUGCCAGGACAUUCUAAGCCCUCCAUUUCUGAACACCGCUCUGAUGUUCCUGCACAGGAAAGAGGCACAAUACAUUUCCUCGUUUUUACAUUUUAUUGAAAAAAUAAAAUUUUGCAAAAGUC